GCAAAAUGUUGAAGCAACUCUCCUUGGAUCGGCAAGUUCAUUCUGUCUUUCCGGUAGCAUUGGCCGCUCUUCUCAUAAUAGGACUCGCUCGGUUAGUUUUAGAUGAUCUAAAGAGUCAUGGAAGCUUUGUCUUUAAGAUGUAUGGUCGACCAAGAAGUGAAAAGCAUCGACUACCGAUUGUUGUCUCUGCAAAAGACCUCAUAGAUGAAAACUGCAAUUUGUUUGAAGGGAAAUGGGAAUGGGACAAUGCAUCAUACCCUCUUUAUGAAGAAGAGACAUGUCCAUUUUUGGUUAAACAAGUUACUUGCCAAAAGAAUGGUAGACCUGAUUCUUUCUAUAAGAAAUGGAGAUGGCAACCCAAUUCUUGCAAUUUGCCUAGGUUUGAUGCAUUGAAAGUGUUGGAUAUUUUGAGAGACAAAAGAAUAAUGUUUGUUGGAGAUUCAAUACAGAGAGGGCAGUUUGAAUCAAUGGUUUGUUUGGUUCAAUCAGCCAUUCCCAAAGGAAAGAAAUCCCUUGAAAGAGUUCCUCCUAGGAAGAUCUUCAAAGUUGAGGAUUACAAUGUAUCAAUAGAAUACUACUGGGCACCAUUUAUAGUUGAAUCUAUAUCUGAUCAUGCAACCAACCAUACUGUGUUGAAAAGAAUGGUGAAGCUCGACUCCAUAGCCAACCAUGGCAACCACUGGAAAGGGGUUGAUGUUUUGGUGUUUGAGAGCUAUGUUUGGUGGAGAUAUAAACCCCUUAUCAAUGCCACGUAUGGAUCUGGAGAGGAUGUAAGAGAGUAUAAUGUGAGCACUGCAUACAGAUUGGCAAUGGAAACAUGGGCAAAUUGGCUUGAAUCCAACAUCAACCCUAAUUCUCAGAAGGUUUUCUUCAUGACAAUGUCUCCAACACAUUUGUGGAGCUGGGAAUGGAGGCCAGGAACUGAUGAGAACUGCUUCAAUGAGUCUCAACCAAUUCAUCAUCCACAUUGGGGCACUGGGUCAAGCACUGAGAUAAUGGAAAUAAUUCAUGAUGUUAUACAGGAUCUUAAAGUAAAUGUAACUUUAUUAAACAUUACACAGCUAUCUGAGUUUCGAAAGGAUGCUCAUACAUCGAUUUACGGGGAGCGUCGAGGCAAGCUUUUGACGAAAGAACAGAGAUCUGAUCCAAAAAUUUUUGCAGAUUGCAUACAUUGGUGUUUACCAGGAGUUCCUGAUACGUGGAAUGAAAUUCUGUAUGCUUAUUUGUUAAGAAACCAUCAAAGUCUUUAG